AUGGCUUCAUCUCAAUGUCCCAUUGAUCGAAACUUCAUUGUAGUGGAUUUCCACUAUAAUGGAGCGUUUGCACCCAACCCAUUAGUAUACUUUGAUCCCGACAAACAAUCAGUAGGAGAUGUUGACUUCAGUGCAUUUGAGUACGAGGAGUUCAUGGAAUUCCUUCAAAAGCUCACCAGAACUAGAAGCAAAGACAUUUACUUUUGCCUUCCACAAGAGUCUUUAAGUCAGGGAAUUCAUACACUGGUGAAUGACGGUGAUUACAAAGAAUUUUUGGAUUUGGCUUAUGCAAAUGAGAGGAGAAUGAAUGUGUAUGUGGACCACUGUAAUGAACCAAUCUUCGAAUGGAUUGAGGAAGAGGAAAAUGAAGAUCAAGACUACAGCUGUGAAGAGGAUGAAGACUCAGUAUUCUCGGAGACUUAUUCUGUUGACCAUGAAGAAGAUGAUGUUGAAUAUCCAUUCCCAGCCAACAAAACCAAGGGUGAUAGGUUCUUAAACAAACUUUGUGUAGACACAUUAGAUGAAGAUGUUGAAUAUGUUGAACCUCGAUACCCUGUACAUGAUGAUAGACAACCAUGGAAUCAGAUGAAACCAGUGUUAGGUAUGCGAUUUUCUAACCCUGAUGAGCUUAAAAACAUGUUGAGCAACUAUGCAGUUGCUGGUGGAUAUGAUCUCUGUUUUGAAAAAAAUGACUCCCAAAGGCCUGUGAUUGGCCUUGAUGGUUGCUUUCUAAAGGGUAUUGUGAGGGGAGAAGUUUUGGCAGCUGUAGGGAGGGAUGCAAACAACCAAAUCUACCCUAUAGCAUGGGCUGUAGUUGGAGUUGAGAACAAGGCCACAUGGAAGUGGUUCAUAGAUCUUCUCAUGGAUGAUAUUGAUGGUGGUCUUGGUGCAGGCAUUACCCUUCUUUCUGAUGGACACAAGGGGUUGCUACAAGCAGUAAAAGAAAGGUGUCCAGAAGCUGAACACAGACAAUGUGCCAGGCACAUUGUGGCUAAUUUUACUAAAAGGUUUACCGGUCAACAUUUCAGGAAGCUUUUUUGGAGGUCUGUUAGAGCUAGUACUGAACAGAAGUUCAAACAUGUAAUGGAAAACAUCAAAUCUUUAGAUACUCAAGCAUAUCAGUACCUUAUGGACAGAGAUCCUAGUAGCUGGUCUAAGGCAUUUUUUAAAGAGGGCAGAGAUUGUGAUGCAGUUGAGAAUGGGGUGAGUGAGAGUUUCAAUUCUGCUAUUAGGCAUGCUAGAAGGAAACCAAUCAUCACUAUGCUAGAGGAGAUUAGGAUAUUUGUGAUGGAGAGGAUAUACACUCUUAGAGUAGAAGGAAUUGAAUGGGAUUUGAAUAUUUGUCCAAGUAUUAGGAAGCGUAUACAAGAUUUGAAGGUUAAACAGAGAUUGUGGGGGGUUACUCCUUGUGGUUAUCAAAAGUAUGAAGUUAGGUUCCAUGAUGCAGCAUAUGGAGUAGAUCUAAUUGCAAAGACUUGUGCAUGCAGAAUAUGGCAACUUACAGGGAUACCAUGCUUACAUGGAGUAGCUGCAAUCUCUUCCCUGAAUCAAGAUGCAGAAACAUAUGUGUCCCAAUCAUACAGUAAAGAGGCUUAUCUAAAAUGCUAUAAUUAUAGCAUUAACCCUCUCAAUGGUAGUGAUAUGUGGGAAGAAGUUCCUUAUCGAAAGCCUUUGCCUCCCAAAAGAAGAAGAUUACCUGGUAGGCCAUCAGUGAAAAGGAAGAGGGAUGCAGUGGAAAGGGAGUUGAGUGGACCAGUUAGACAUUAUGUGACAAGAAGGGGAUCCCUGAUAAAGUGUAGUAUUUGCAAGGAACCAGCACCAAGUUCAUCCAGGGAUAGUGGAGCAGGACCAAGUCAACCACCAGCAACAGCCGAACCACCUCCACCACCACCACCAGUAGCAGCCCAACCACCUCCACCUCCACCUCCACCACCACCACCACCACCAGCUGCAAGGCCUGUCCCAAGAAGGGCCCCAAUUGGUAGAACUGGACGGAGGAAAUAUUCUGAAAGGAUUGUCAAAAUGGCAUUGAGGAGGAACAUACCUGGGGUUGGGAGCAGUGCAGAGAACCCUGCAGUCCUUAAUUAA